CAAUCUAGAGGGGAGAGAGGGUGGGCUCCAAUGGGAUCCUUCUGUCUUGGACCAUGCCCUCUGACUCGCGCAUCGACGGUUAUGUCAUCAGGUACAAGGAGGUGUGUCCAUAUCCAGACCCCGCCUUCAAAGAGGUGACCAAACACCUGGACAUCCCUGAGACCCUUCUCAACCUCUUCUUACCAGGGUCUACCUAUAACAUCAAGGUUGCAGCAGAAAACUCUGCUGGUAUUGGACCCUAUAGCAAGUCUCUGUACAUCAAAACUGCUGAGGCUCCCCCAGGCCUGGUGACUAACCUGACAGCGUUUGCUGAGAACCACACGUUUGUAGUGGUCACUUGGCUCCUGCCACUCCGCAUCAACGGUCUGAUCACCAAGUUUGCGGUCAAAGCCAAACACGCUCGUACUGGUCAGACCGUCCGCAUACUGGAGCUGGAUGCUGAGGACAUCAUGACCGGAGCGCUACCACACUGCAAUGAUGCAGCAGACAUCCUGUCUCGUGGAACCCCCAGUCCGUCAGAGGUGACAGCUCUGACAGCGUCCUCUCCUCCCGUCACCCUGUCAGCCGUCCCGCCCGCCGCCACCUGGGCCGUACCAAUAUCCGUAGGGGUGGACCAGCUGCGACCUUACACAGCAUACGUCUUCGAAGUGUCUGCUUUCACCUCCGACGGAGAGGGACAGGUCGCCUCCACCAUGGUCCGCAUGCCUGAGUCAGCCCCAGAGGACCCUCCACACAACCUGUUGGUAUGGAACGUGACGUCUAAGUCAGUCUCUGUCUCCUGGGAUCCUCCAACCAUCGUUACCGGACGUUUCAGCUACGUUAUCUAUCUCUAUGGCCCCACAGGGUUUAUCUAUGAGAACAGCACAGGGGACCUGAGGUUUGUGUACUCUGGUCUGACACCCUACACACGCUACAGAGUGGCGGUGCGGGCCAAGUCUGCUGGCCUGCUGGGGCCUGAGGCCUUUACUGCUGUACUGACACCUGCUGAGGCUCCCAGUGCAGUGCAGGCUCUGCAGGCAGUAGCAGUAGACUCUGUGUCAGUGCGUGUGAGUUGGAGAAGUCCUGCCCAACCCAACGGUCUGAUCACACAGUACAGACUCCUGGUUCUGUCUGACAACACACUGCUGCAGGACAUCACCCUUACUGGAACACAGGAUCUAAAUUACACUGAUCUCCUUGGUGAUGGAACGUUCGCUGCAGUUAGCCCUGACCACUCUCGCCGGGCGGACCUCUUCCCUCUCCCUAACCACCUCACCCCCGGCCACACCCCUCCCUGGCUCACUGCCCACUCACAGCCCGGCCAGCUCACCUCUGGCAAGCACCACCUCUCCACCCGCUCUGCACCUGCAGCCACUGGACACCUCCAGACAUACCUCUUCACCAGGGCUGCUGCCUCCAGCACCCCAGGAAGAGUGUAUGUGAGGGACAAGGUCAUAGACAUGCAGGCUAAGGAGCUGUCUUACUUAGUCUCUGGUCUCAGUCCCUUCACUGACUACACCUUCACUGUUACUGCGGCUACUGCUAUUGGAGAGGGACCUGCAACACGUGUCACUGAGAAGACUCGCGAACAGGUUCCUAGCUCAGUGGUGGGAGUGUCCUAUCAGAAUGUUAGCUCCACCUCUAUCCUGGUCAGCUGGACUCCGCCCCUCAACCCCAAUGGACGAAUCACACACUACACUCUCUACGGACUCAACUUACACAGCAACCGGGCCCUGCAGAGAAUUACACACAACACCAGCAUACUGCUCACAGGGCUGGAGAAGUAUACAGGUUAUAAGCUGCGAGUGGCUGCAUCUACUGCUGUAGGAGAGGGCUCUCUGUCUGACCUAGACAAUAUUUUCGCUGUCACACCCGAGGAUGAACCUGACUCCCCUCCUGUAGGGUUAACAGUGGUAGACACUUCUCCCUCCACCACCACCCUCUCUUGGUCGCCCCCGGAGAGAGCCAAUGGGGUGAUCCAACAGUAUGAGGUCCUGUACGAGAACCAAUCGUAUGUGGCAGUGUUGAACAGCUCUGUCCCCAGAGUGACUCUGACAGGGCUAAGGCCGUUUUCAUACUAUAAUGUCUCUGUCAGAGCAUACACACGCAUCGGACAUGGGAACCACACCUCAGACACACUCACUAUGCUGUCUGGGGAGGACGUCCCGGGUAGUCCUUCCUACGGCCUGUCCUACGUGUCUGUCAGUUCCAAUGAGGUGAACGUGACGUGGGAGCACCCCCUGGUGCCUAACGGAGUUAUCACACAUUACAGCCUUGAGCUGCGAAACUCCUCCCACUUCCUCAACCUGACCACACCCAUCAACCACGCCCAGAUCACACACCUGAGGAAGUUUGCGCAAUACACUCUGGUGGUGAAGGCACACACACGUAUUGGCUCCGGAAACCACAGCAGUGACCCUCUCAACAUCACCACUCUGGAGGACGUGCCCAGUGAUCCGGUCCACAACCUCAGUGCUCAGAUCUUCAGUUCUACGGCCAUCAUAGUAAGCUGGGACCCCCCUAUGGAACCCAACGGACGCCCCUUCUACCUGCUCACCCUGCAGGAGGCUGGACACCCACUUACCACUAAACCGCUGAACCCCCUAACCCAAACAGCAACCCCGCGGACCCCCCACUUCCCCAGUUCAGCUCCAGUGCUGGUGUCCAGUAGGAACCUGUCGUCCUCCUCAGUGUCUGUGGUGUGGCAGCGCCCCCUGGAGGCCAACGGAGAGAUAACCGAGUAUUCCCUCACCCUGUUCGGCCCUGGAGGCUCCAACACCACACACACCCCCAACACCACCCUCACACUCACACAGCUGCUGCCCUACACAGCCUACAACCUCUCCAUCACCGCAGCCACCCGCAAGGGCUCCGGACCCCCGCUACUACUGAUGCUGUCCGAUGUCUCCUCCCGGAACCUGUCUCUGUAUAACCAUACAGCCGUCUCUGUGUGGCUGACCUGGGAACCCUCUCUGGAACCCAACGGUGUGGUAACACACUACGGCUUCAGGAUCCUGGAGAACAACACAAACACACUCACUUACCAGAACUCUACAGGUCCAUGGACAGAAGGACAGCUGAGUGGGAUCCGGCCUCACAGUUCCUAUGAGAUCAGUGUGUUUAGCUACACCAGAGUGGGUCAUGGAGACCAGUACAGCACUCCUGUGUCCUUCACAACCAACGAAUCAGUGUCGGAGGUGGUGGGUAACUUGUCCUGCUCUGGUCUGAGCUGGGACUCUGUGUUUCUACACUGGGAGCCUCCAGCCAACCCCAAUGGACUCAUCCUGUACUACCAGGUCCAGGUGGACACACGCUCACAGGCAUACAUACACCAGGCUGACACAAACCAUUAUACGGUUAGCGGGCUGGCGCCGGACGCAGAAUUCAUAUUCACAGUGAAGGCUGUCAACUCUGCCGGCCCAGGAGACCAGAUCACCUGUAAUGCCUACACACACCCCGAUUCCUGGUGUCCUCGCUUCCUGAGUGUGUCAGAGGCCACAGCCACCAGCGUGACGCUCCAAUGGGCUCCUCCCCUCUCUGCUCCGGGCAUGCUCACUGAGUACCGCAUCACCGUGCAGCUGCUGUCACCCGACUGCCAGUCUGACACACCCCUAGCUGAGGCCACACCCCUGCCAGAGCCGACCCCUGCCCUCGCUCCAGGCUGCGUGGAUCAGGAUGUGUUGGUGUCAGUGAAUGGUUCUGAUGGUGGCAAGGGCAACAGGAGCAUCACUCUACAGUCUCUGGCCAAGUACCGCCUCUACCGCUUCAGAAUCACAGCCCUUACGAAUGCUGGGCCAGGACCACACACACCCUGGAGAUACACACACACACUGCCUGGGAACCCUGAUGCCCCUCCCAGUGACCUGUCAGUGACCACGUCCUCCAACAGCCUCCGUAUCCAAUGGCAGCUCCCAGAUGUGCUCACCGGCCCCACCUCCUACCUCAUAGACGUCCUCUCUCUGGAUAGCCAGGGGAUAAACCUGUCUGUAGUCCGCGGUCCAGAGGAGCUGAGGAUUGUAGUUGUGUCAAACCUGACUGCCUUCACUCGCUACUCUGUGACCGUGACCGCCUUCACUGGACCACUGGAGAACGCACGGCGGGACGGAAAGGCCACUGAGCCCACUGUCAUCAGAACAAUGGAGGAAGAGCCCAGGGAUCCUCCUAAGAACGUGACCCUGCAGGUGAUUCCGGAGGAAGUGACCCGUGUGUUUGUGACCUUUGCCCCCCCUGAGGAACCCAAUGGGAACAUAAGUUCCUACACAGUGCUUGUCUACCGCCAGGGCCAGCUAGAGAUGACCAUUAACCACCUCAAUGUGGUCAGAAAUAACAACCGCACUCUGACCGCAGUCAUCGACGGGCUGAAGGGAGGCCACAACUAUAGUAUACGGAUAGCAGCAGUAAACGGAGCAGGUUUAAGCCCACCCAGUUCAGAGGUUCGGAUCACUACUGGAAUCAUAGCUCCUGCCAAGCCCAUCCAGAGACCCCAGGCUGUGCUGGACCGAGGAGGAGUUGCCAUGGUAACCUCCAGGAGCAUCAUUGUUCACAUGCCAGCCUGUUUCUACAGCGAUGACAAUGGACCAAUCAGCAGCAUCCAGAUCAUCGUGUCAGAAUCUGGGGUGAUGGACAGCAGGAACAUAACCAACUGGAAGAUUGCAUUCUUCUCUCGUCCCGCCCCUUACUUGACUGACAAUGGCUUCCCCAACCCACUCUGUGUGAGGGACGGCGAAAGCAGGGACACACACACACAAACCAGCAGACACAACAACUCACAAAUUAGACACAGAAUUGUGAGGGACAGGGUGCUGGACCGUAGAGACCACCAGGAAGACCACUAUGUUAUCGGAGAGGAGGGCAACUGUCUGACUGAGGAGUACAGUAACACACUCUGUAACGGACCCCUCAAACCAAACACUGUCUACGUGUUUAAGUUCCGAGCCACCAACAUCCAAGGCCAGUACACAGACUCUGACUACUCUGAGCAUAUCAGAACCGCAGUGAAUGGGUUGUUGACCAGAGAUGAACAGAUCAUUCUGGGAGUUCUCCUCUCCUUCUUCCUGGCCGUGCUACUCAUCAUCAUCAUCUAUGCCUCUGUCAGGAUCCGUCAGCGUCAGAAGGAGGGAGGGACCUAUUCUCCCCGGGAGGCGGAGAUUAUAGAGACCAAGUUUAAACUGGAUCAGAUGAUCGCUGUGGCCGACCUGGAGCUGAAGGAAGAGAAGCUACACCGACUUCUCAGCUACAGAAAGUCUCUCAAGCCGGUCAAUAAGAAGUCUUUUCUGCAGCAUGUAGAGGAUCUGUGUGCCAACGAGAACGCCAAGUUCCAGGAAGAGUUUGCAGAGCUACCCAAACUGCUGCACGACCUGGCUACAUCAGACGCUGACCUUCCCUGGAACAGAUCCACGAACCGCUUCACUAACAUCAAACCCUACAACAACAACCGUGUUAAGCUGCUGUCUGAACCUGGCUUGCCUGGAUCUGACUACAUCAACGCUAGCUUCAUCUCAGGCUAUCUGUGUCCCAGUGAGUUCAUAGCGACCCAGGGUCCUCUCCCCGGUACUGUGGCUGACUUCUGGAGGAUGAUAUGGGAGACUCGCACACAAACCAUUGCUAUGCUCACACAGUGCUAUGAGAAAGGAAGGAUCCGGUGUCACCAGUACUGGCCAGAAGAUAAUAAGCCGGUGACAGUAUUUGGGGACAUCAUCAUCACCAAGUUGACAGAGGACGUCUAUCCUGACUGGACCAUCAGAGCUCUCAAAGUGGAGAGGCAUGGGGACUUCAUGGUGGUUCACCACUUCAACUACACCUCCUGGCCAGAGCAUGGUGUACCAGAGUCCAGCACCACACUCAUACAGUUUGUUCGAGCCAUCAGAGCCAACAGGCAUGAGAACACCACUAUAGUGGUGCACUGCAGUGCUGGUGUAGGCAGGACAGGAGUGUUUAUAGCGCUGGACCACCUAAUUCAACACGUCAGUGAUCACGACUUUGUGGACAUCUACGGUCUGGUGGCUGAACUACGCAGUGAGAGGAUGUGUAUGGUGCAGAACCUGGCCCAGUAUAUGUUCCUACACCAGAGUACUCUGGACCUGCUGAACAGUAAAGGAAACAGCCAGUCCAUCUGGUUCGUUAACUACUCUGCUCUUGAGAAGAUGGACUCACUGGAUGCUAUGGAGGGUGAUGUUGAACUGGAAUGGGAGGAGACUACCAUGUAAAGGCUGAGAACUUCUCAGUCAACUUCACACCUGAUAAACACACCUAUUCCUGAGUCAUGGGGCCAAAUCCUGGACAUACUGACUGUUUGUCAGAUGGAUUGGUCCACCAGAGAUCGAGGGAGUGAAAGAGAGAGGGGGAGAGAGAGAGGAAGGAGAGAAGUUGCCCUUUUCUGGCAGGAGAGUCAAAACCACCCAACAGAAACUUGGUGGUUCCCUGGCCUGAAUCAACACAUCAUUGCAGCCCUCUUGGAGCCCUGCAUCUUUUCUAUGUCCACAGGCAGAAAAGAAAGAGUGGGAGAUACAUGUGUAUAUAUA